AAGACUCGUUGCGCUCUUUUUAUCCGCCAUUUCAACCAGUCAGACAUUUAGCGCUGGGAAGUUCUUAAACGUGUGUAAUUUUGUGAAUUAUAGUUCACGAAACGUGAAGGAGCUGAAGUACAUAAUUCUACUCAAUAGGCGCUUCUUGGAAGAGUUCUACCUUCAGCAAACCUCUCCGAGAAAUUUGUUGGCUAUCUACGACCGAAUAUCACGCCAAAAUGUCGACUGAGGCCGCACCUGAGAAACCAGGCCAGGGUGAGGUGAAUGGCAAGGCCAACCACGAAUCCAGGAAAGAGAGGCCCCCGAAGCGCGGUGGGGGUGGCGGCCGCUUCGAGCCCUAUGGAAAUCCCUCCAAGAGAUACCGAGUCUUUGUCAGCAAUAUCCCAUACGACGUGAAAUGGCAAGCGCUCAAAGACCUGAUGAAGGAGAAAGUGGGUGAGGUUACGUACGUGGAGCACUUAAUGGACGCAGAAGGCAAAUCAAGGGGUUGUGCGAUUGUUGAGUUCAGGACCGAAGAGCUCAUGAAGAAAGCUGUUGAGAAGGUUAACAAGCACAAUCUCAAUGGGCGUCCUCUUAAAGUCAAAGAAGAUCCAGAUGGCCUUAUUGCCCAGCGGGAGGCCCACAGGUCUCAGGGAGGUGGUGGAGGUGGUCCCCCUGGUGGCAUGGGCGGCAAUAUGGGUGGUAACAUGGGUGGCAACAUGGGAGGUGGUAUGGGCAUGGGAAUGGGACCUGGGCCAGGGGCACCAUCUAUGGUCAACAUUCCCCCCAGCCUGUUGAACAACCCCAACAUUCCCAAUGAGAUCAUCCAUGGGCUCCAGUCUGGCAAAAUCGGAAGUACCGUGUUUGUGGCGAAUCUGGAUUAUAAGGUGGGCUGGAAAAAACUGAAGGAGGUGUUCGGCAUGGCUGGUGUGGUAGUCCGUGCAGAUAUCCUUGAAGAUAAGGAUGGGAAGAGCAGGGGAAUGGGAACAGUCACCUUUGACAUUCCCAUUGAAGCCGUGCAAGCAGUCUCUAUGUUCAAUGGACAACUCCUCUUCAACCGUGUUAUGCACGUCAAACUGGAUGAGAAGUCUUUGCCAAAAGGAGACUUCGCACCUCCAGAGAGACCACCAGCCCUCCCACGUGGCUUGAGUGGAAUUGGUCUUGGACUUGGACCUGGUGGGCAGCCCAUUGAUGCUGGUCAACUCAACCGAGGAGGCGGCGGCGGUAUGGGCAACAUGGGCCCUGGAGGAAUGGAUGGCAUGGGCUUCGGUGGCAUGGGGGGGCGCAUGGGAGGUAUGGACAACUUUGGUGGCAUGAACAAUAUGGAUCGCUUUGGUCCAUCUGGAAUGGGAAGAAUGAAUGACAUGGACCGAAUUGGUGGACAAUUUGACCGUGAGUUUGGUCGCAAUGAGAUGGCCAUGUCUCGCAAUAACUUUGGAGAGUCUUUUGAUAGAGGAAUGGGUAACUCAAUGGGCAUGGACCGCAUGGGUUCUGGGAUGGACAGAAUGGGUUCUGGCAUGGACCGCAUGGGUGGUUCUGGGAUGGACCGAAUGGGAAUGGAUCGCAUGGAACGCGUAUCUGAUCUGGACAGGCUGGGUUCUGGCUAUGACCGGAUGGGUUCUGGUUUGGACCGGCUGGGGCCUAGUAUGGACAGGCUGGGUACUGGCCUGGACCGUAUGAGCUCCAGUGUGGACCGGCUGGGCCCUGCUGGCUUUGACCGCCUGGGCCCGUCCAGUUUGGAACGCAUGAGUGCAGGCAUGGAGUUCAGCGCCCCCAUGGGUAUGGACAGGAUGAAUACAGGCUUGGACCGCAUGGGGGGAUCCAACUUUGACCGCAUGGGUUCUGCUGGUAUUGACCGCUUCCCAGCCACGGGGCUGGACCGCAUGGGGGGAUCCAACAUGGACCGCAUGGGUUCAGCUGGUGUGGGAGGCCAGUUUGACAGACCAGCAGACAUGGACCGUGGCAACUUCAACAACAAUCCCUUCGGUGGAGCAGGUGCUGGUGGUCCUGGAGCAGGAGCCAAUACCAGGAAGGGCUGCCAGAUCUUUGUCAGAAAUCUGCCAUUCGAUUUCACCUGGAAGAUGCUAAAGGACACCUUCAAUUCUUGUGGAAUUGUGCAGUAUGCUGAUAUCAAGAUGGAGAAUGGGAAGUCCAAAGGCUGUGGCGUAGUUCGUUUUGACAACCCUGAGACUGCAGAGAGGGCAUGCCGCACCAUGAAUGGCUACAGGCUGAACGGAAGAGAAAUCGAUGUGAGGAUCGACAGAAACGCAUAAACCCGAUUUAUCAUCUUGGCCCGAACCCUCCUGCCCACUACAGACCUUCCAGUUUUUUUUGUUUGUAUCAUUAGAUAUUUGUGAUGGGGUGCAUUAUGUGUGCACUUUUAGUUUUUGCCUGAAUCAGUUUUUAGUGACCAAAUUUUAAUUUCCCCCCUUUUUAUGAUGCUUGUUUCUUGCCGCCUUGUGUAAGGUUUGUUAAUAAACACCAAAACCUUCACGUUUUUCAA